GCCUCGCCUCGCCAUGGUGGAGCAGGGAGACGCGGCGCCGCUUCUGCGCUGGGCCGAGGGCCCCGCGGUCUCUGUGCCGCAGGACCCCGCGCUGCAGGCGGGAGGAUGGGCCCGGGGCGGCGGCGGGAGCGGCCGGGUGGCCGUGGAAGCGCCCCGAAGGCGGGAACCCGACGAGCCAGCUCCCCAAGAAGUGCUGCUGCAGCCGGGGCGCCUGGAGCUUGGCGACGUGGAGGAGGACCAGGUGGUGGCCGUUUUCGUGGUCACCUUCGAUCCCCGCUCCGGAAACAUGGUAGAAUGGUGCUUGCCUCAAGAUGUUGACCUUGAAGGUGUCGAGUUCAAGUCUAUGGCCAGUGGGUCCCAUAAAGUCCAGUCUGACUUCAUUUAUUUUCGGAAGGGCCCCUUCUUUGGCCUGGCCUGCUUUGCCAACAUGCCUGUGGAGAGCGAGCUGGAGCGCGGCGCUCGCAUGAAGUCUGUGGGUAUCCUCUCUCCAUCCUACACCCUGCUCUACCGCUACAUGCAUUUUUUGGAGAACCAGGUUCGACACCAGCUGGAGAUGCCGGGACACUACUCUCAUCUGGCUGCGUUCUAUGAAGACAAGAAAGGGGUGCUCCAUGCGGGCCCUGGGAGGGGUGGCAGCUUGCCUCCUGUCUACUGGCUGCCUUCCAUCCACCGCUACAUGUAUCCUGAGAUGAAGAUCACACACCCGGCUGGCUGCAUGUCUCAGUUCAUUAAGUUCUUUGGAGAACAGAUCCUCAUUCUCUGGAAGUUUGCCUUACUCCGGAAGCGCAUUCUGAUAUUUUCUCCCCCACCCGUGGGUGUUGUGUGUUACAGAGUGUACUGUUGCUGCUGUCUGGCCAAUGUCUCACUGCCUGGCAUUGGGGGCACUAUCCCUGAGUCCAAGCCUUUCUUCUAUGUGAACGUGGCUGACAUCGAGAGCCUGGAAGUUGAAGUGUCCUAUGUAGCCUGCACCACAGAGAAGAUAUUUGAGGAGAAGCGGGAGUUGUACGAUGUCUACGUGGACAACCAGAAUGUAAAGACGCACCAUGACCACCUGCAGCCCCUGCUGAAGAUCAACAGCGCGGACAGGGAGAAAUACCGUCGGCUCAAUGAGCAGAGGCAGAUGCUGCUGUACUCCCAGGAAGUUGAAGGAGACUACAACCCUUGUGAAGAGGACCUCUUUGUGCUGUUUUUCCUAGAACAGAACAACCGGAUUUUUCAGACUCUGAUGGAGGUGUCGGCUAGUCAAGACAAAACUCUAACAGCUGAGCAUGCCCGAGGCAUGGGACUGGAUCCCCAGGGAGAUAGAAGCUUCCUUAUGGACCUGCUGGAGGCCUACGGCAUCGAUGUCAUGCUGGUCAUUGACAACCCCUGUUGUCCAUAGGAAGAGUGACUGGACUGGUGGUGAGACACUCGUGUGGGGUGACAGGAGCCUGGAGUGCACCCUAGGCCCUCUGCAGCUUCAGUUUUAAUUAAGUUGACCCAAGCGACUGUUUAUACUUUCCAACACAUGUCAUUUUUGCCAUUCCCUUUCUCCCCCUCAGCUCUGGGACUGCGGUGAGGCUGCCUGGGUUUUGUAGCCUUUGGUUGGACAUGGGAAUCUACUGUCUUCCACUGUUGCUUCUUUGGGUUUAGUCUUAAGAGUUUCAUUAGUCAGAGUGACUCAAACUCUGGGAUGAACUGCUCAGAAAGUCUAUGUCUCUGUCCUUUGUCGCAUACAAGAAUGAGGUAACCAUGUGUCCUAGUGUGGCCUUAGAUGUUCAUCUGCCUAAAAACUGAAACUAAUCAAAUGACCUUUCAAGGUCACCAAGUUCUAGGAGUCAGUUUGGGCUCACCUGUUUGUCAUAGGGCAAGUCUGAACCUUCUCAGUUCACUGGAGUAGAGGGAUCACAGAGGAGAAAAAAAAAUGUUUCCAACAGAAUGGCAGGGAAAGGUUGAAAACUAGAAUUAAUCCCUGAAAUCCUUCCUAAAGUAAGGGAAUGGUAGCUACGAGUUAUAACAUUACACAGUUCUAUCCCUCCCCAUCGUAUUCCAUUCCCCUCGGUCAAUUCUGAAGUGCUGGCCCUGGAGCUUACAAGCAAAUUCAUCGGACAUCUGAGUCUCUUAAGGGCUGAAUAUCCUCUUGGACUAAUACUGUUCAAACAGGUGAGGGAAGAAAUCCCCAAUGUGUCUGAGAGCUCUCUGGAGGGUGGUGCACAAUCCUGCAGCAGAUACUCCUGCUGAAUUCUGAGGUGCAGCUAGGGUCCUAGCUGGUUCACUCAGAGGUCGGGGUGUGAGGUUAACAGGUCUCUUAACCAGUUUGAAACUCCCAUAAGGCAGUUGUUAACCAUGUUCAGGAAGCCAGUUCCAGUGCUGCUUUCGUUAAGGAUUUUGAAUUUUUGAUAAUGAUUUCUUCUCCUGUGCCCUUCCUGCCUGCCUUUGUUAUAUGUGGCCAGCUAGCUAGCCAUCAAACAUCUGUGUCAGCAGCCAGGCUGAUGUCCACAGCGGACAGAACUUCGAAUGGAGGGGCCAUGUUUCUUACCUCAAUCUGGGUUCUUGAGGCUUGUUGCUUAACUCAAGUAUUUUCACCGUAGCUCCUUGAUAACAAAUUUCAAGAGUGAAGAGAUUUGUGUGUGUGAAAAUGCAAAUAGACACUGAUGAGUCAGGGUAACAUCUUUUCUGUAAAUAUAUAAAUAAGUUUAAGGCAUUGACAUAAACUGUUCUAGUUAAUAGAUUUUUCUCCUGAGCAAUGUGGGUUUAGUCAGUGUGGUUUAAACACCCGGUAACAUGUUUACAAAAAGCAAAGCUGUGCUCAGUGGCUUCCGUUUCACCUGUUUUGUCUCUCUAGCUACCGUCUCUUACAGCAGGGCUGAGCAGGGACCACGUGAUGCUGAUGGAGCCACCUUCCAGUGGUCUCGUAAGCUCAUUCAGGGGUAGAUAGCCAGAGAUGGGAACAGGAGCAAAAGGAGGCUGCUUCUUCUGCGGGACUACAAGAAUCUCUUAGUUUAGAAUUCAGUUUCUUGAAGAGCCCAUUUCUAAGAACCUCCCUGGAGCCUUGUGCGUGCCAAUCCUGCUUCCUGUGUUGUUGUAGCUGCAAGCUGAGCAGUGCUGGUCUAAAGGUAGCAAGGGUGAGAAAGCUUGUCAAGUAGAGACUGUGGGUUCUUUGUAACUAAGCAGCUGUGUUAGGUCAUAGGUUCCGGGCUUAGCUGACCCCAGAGCAGAACUUCUUGUUCAGCAAUUCCUUCAGUCCUUCCCUACCUUGCUGGUCCUCCUGGGGCCAGAACCUGGCUCAGGCGUCUGUGUGGCUGGACAGUGUGUAUGUUAGCACCUCUGCACCCUUUGCUUCUAUUUAUCAGCUACAGAGUAUGUCUUUAGAAGUGACCCUAGUCUAUGUCACUGUGAAGUCUCACUUCAUUCCAGAAUGCUUCCCAAGUGGCAGUUAGCAGAUACAAGCCCACAUAAUAUGCUGUGAAUUUCCUAUGAAGGAAAGUAGUUUGUUCAGAACUACAUAGGAACCCUCUACAGUGAUGGCAAAAGCUAGGAGCCAGAGGAUGUGCUUUGCUGUCAUCCUUGAAAUAUUUUCUGAACACCCACCUGCUUUUAUUUGAAAGAAGUUAGUUCACAACCUUCAGAGCUUUCUGACCAUCAGCAGAGAUAGGCUUUUUUUUUUUUUUUUUUAACUACUGGCCUCUAGGAACAGGGCUGAAAACUCAGAUGUGGGUCCUGCCACGGUGCUGGUCACCCUCAUCAGAUCCCUGCCUAAGCUGGCAGAACCUUUCUGGGGAGCAUUAGCCCCCAUUUGUACUCUGCAUUAACCUGGAAGCACUUGCUGACUUGCACUGCUGGCUACUCAAGUCAUUUUUGAGUUAGCAGAUCUUUCCAAAGGCAGCCAUCCUCAGGGGGCCUGAAAUUGGGGUCUGUGGUUUGUGGACAUGCACAUUAAGUAUAACACACUAAGCAUAAUGAAGCCUCAUAAAGUGGAUGUUUUCAGUUUUGUUAACAGAUGGUCAUUCCUAGCUAGUUAUUGCUUGGCUCAGAACUCUUUCCUAAGAAAGAGUAAAAAUAGCAGAGCCCAGUUUACAGAGAAAGGCCAAGUCAUUGCUUGGUAAUGAAUCCUUCCCUGUGUUGGGCAUGGAUCCAGGCCAGUGUCAGUGUCCUACCUGGAGCCCAUAUGGUCCAGUCAGUUAGGAGUACAAUGUGACAGGAGGCAUUUGCCUCCCACACCUCCCACCCACUCCGGCUUCAGGAGAGAAGCUGGUUUCAUUGCUAAGAUAGAACUUAGGAUAGGAACUUGAAACUUGUAACUUACCUUGACAGGAAAACCACGGGAAAGGUGAGUGACACUCAGAGUAGUGCCAAACUCUUCUUGAGAAGGACCACUUACAUCUAAUAUAUUUUAGCUAGAAGAUAAAGGCAAAUGAAAUCGUAGCUAAUUGCUGUCUUCAUUCUGGUGGCAAGGGAGACAAACCUUCUCUGUCUUGAGGCACUGAAAGCUUAUUGGUACAGUGAAAAGGUAAAGAGAACUCAGCCUUCACUGAGGCUUUCAGGGAGACUUCUCUCAAGGGUGGGGAUGAAUUAGCCUUCUGGUGGCAAACCAGCCUCCUAGAGACGCAGGGACUCAGGACCUGCCUUUUUCCUUAAGCUGCACAGCUAGUGAGUGGCCUGAGAUGUUUUCUCUGGGUCUAGUGUGAGGGUCCUUGUAGAGGUAAAAAAGGGAUACAGGGGUGUGGAUGGACAGAACUAUAAGAUAAUGCUGAGUUUCACAGUGAACUUGCCUUAUUAUGAGAAGAGUUAGAAAACCCAAGAAUAUCACAGGAGGACCCAACAUGCCCUCCGGGGGCUGUUGUGUUUCCAUUAGGCUUCCAGGCUAGUAGACUGAUUGUGAGAGCUGUCCAGCCCUCUCACUUCUCCCUCAUAGCUCGUAGUUCUAUGGGAGAGCUAUGGGCUUACCUCAGCAGGCCCAGCCUCAUCCCUUCUCAUUUCAUGAAAACCCUUUUUUGAUUCAGGUAGGGGAAGGGGAGGAGUUAAGGGCUUCUUUAUACCUAAGACAUGGGUUUUGACUCUUCCAUUUUAUUGCUAAUAUACCUCUGUUCCCAGGAGCUACUGAAGUACUGAGUGUUGUGGGAGGAAAAAAAAAUAAUGUGAAUUAAGGUAAUGUUUUUCCUACAAGAAAUGGGAGUUUAUUUUUUUAUAUCAGUGUUACUGAGUGGUGACUUGAGUACUCAAGUGUUGGAAUGGAAAGGAAUUGCAAAGUUAUAAUAUAAGAAAAAAUGGGCAGUUUUGUAGUUUGAUAGCAGCCCAGGCUCUUAGAUGUGUCACUGUCCAUGACAGUGUUUAAAGCAUGAGCACAGACUCUGUGCUGUAUUAUUCCAGCAGCAUUGCGGGAGAUAAAGUCAGCUGGCCCAGGAAGAAUGAGAGGGACAGUAACCUUGAGUGAAGCUCUAGGACAGAAGAGGUUAAAUAGUCUUUCAGUGACUACUCCCUCUUGGUCAAGGGAGGGCGAUGGGAAUGGGAGAUAGUUUUCUAACUGGCACUUUAAUUCAUUUUAGCGGCUGGAAGUUGGGUGAUACUGUAAAUUUAGAAAAGGAAUAGGAAUUUUCUGGUGCUAUAUAGAGAAAUGAAGAUGGGAAAAAUCAAACUCUGCUUUUAACAUUUAGAACAUGUUCUAGAAUUUCAGCAUGGCACUGGCUUUCAGAACCACGGUGACUUAAAUUCUGAAAGGUUUGCAUUUGUAGCAGGUGCCUGCUUAGUCUGCUGAGUUUACUUUGCUUCCUAAUGAUUAUGGGGCUCAUGGGGGUAGCACAGGGUUAUAUAAAUUGUGCUUUAAGUGGAAGUGCAAAGUGAAAAGCUCAUGUAGAGCAAAUAUGUUUAAUCAACAUUGUAUCUGGGUAAAUUAAACAAAGAUAUAUAAAAGUUAGAAAAAUGAACUUUGGGUUUGCUGUGCCCACAUCAGCCACAAGAAAUGGAUUCUGCGCUCUGGCACUGCCAGCAUGAGUGGCUGCCAGGACUUGGGACAGGGGUAAACAAAACCAAUUUCUUUUAUUUGCCCAAAACUUGUUGGCUAAAUUUUUAUAUCAGUCUGAAAUAUAACCCUUCCUGAAAAAGAAAUAGUUAGAAAUAGUUGUAACCAAGGAAAUAUGUUUUCCUAGUGUUUUUUUUUUUUUUAACAUAGUGUCCCUGUUGCCUUAAAUGUAAAAACCUAUUUUGAGUAAUAACCCCAGCAUAAGAGUUAUAGCAAUAAGAGAACCCGGAUCUAUUUUUGUUUCAAGUCUUUACCUCAUAGACAAAGUCAGAAGGGUAACUGAUAAGUUUAGCUCUGGGUACCACUGCAGACUGAUGUAUCCUCUCUCUGUGUCUUUAACCGUGUAUUAUUUACAGACCUGAAGGAAGCUGGACUUAACCCCGAGGCUAAAUGUAAAUGUUUCUUGAAUUGGUUCUUCCUGUGGUACACUUUAACACCCGUGUAUGUCAUAUCUGUAUAUAUCUGAACCAAGUUAUGUGCAGAGCUUGAUAAUAACUAUAUUUACAAAAAAACAAUUUUUACAAUUAAAGUUCACAUUUUAACAUGA